UCAACCAUAUAUACACGACAAUUAAUUAUAUUGCUUCCUUACCAAACACGGCCUCUACCUUGAAAGAGAAAAUGGGGUCACCAAGCGAGAAGAGAGACAAGUAUCGUUCUUUCAUGUAUGGAGAUGGUGAGAAGAACACUAAAUGGGUGUUUGGAGCACCUCCUAACUACGAUGUUGUCAACAAACUCUUCGAACAAGGCCGUACUAAGAUAUGGCCGUCAGGAUCAUUAGAAGAGAAAGUGCAAAAUCUGGUGAAGACGAUGGAGAUGGAACUCUUCCAUAAGGCAAACCCUCAGGAUUAUAAAUCAAUUGAUGCUACCAAGUAUACUUCUAGCGUCAAUGGAAGAAAGCCUCUAACAGUGGAAGGAAAACGCGAGAUAGGGGGUGGUUAUAAUGCAUUUCUGCAGACUUCAUUACCAGAGAUGAUGCGCUUGUAUGACCCAGCAAAGGAGACAAAGGAAUCAUCCAACCAGCUCUUCACAACUACAUUUCCUAGAGGGUUUGCUCUUGAAGUUCUCCAGGUCUACUCCGGUCCACCCGUGAUCACGUAUAAGUUUAGGCACUGGGCUUAUAUGGAAGGUCCUUUCAAAGGCCACCCCCCUACAGGAGAACUGGUCGAGUUGUUUGGAUUCGCUAUUUUCGAGGUGGAUGAACAGAUGAGGAUCAUCAAAGUUGAAUACUUUUUCGAUCGUGGUGAGUUGCUUGCUCCACUUAUCAAGGGUUCUAAAUUGCAAAGUGCUGGUGAAUUGCAGGUGGGUUGCCCGGUUUUAGGAAACACGGCUUAGUAAAGUUAAUAAAAUGAACCAUGGCUUUACCAGUCAUAGACAUACAUCAGUUUACUAUCAAGUAAGAAGUAUACAGUAGCAAAUAUAGUACUUCAUUUCUUUAUAAUUAUGUAAACAGCAUUUCAAAUACACACUGUACUGUACUUUCAGUUCGCCGAUAGCUGCUGUAUGUAUUGGUUACAUCAGUCUGAAAGAAUAAAAUACAGAGUUGGCUGGUCAUUCA